AUGGUGUUUGAGUAUCGACUCGAAUAUCAUACGACGGUUGCCAUCCAGUUUGGAACACCUGAUAAAUCACUUCAAGUUCAACUUCUCCAUCUUCAAAUGCCUCCAAACUCGAUCACUGAGAAUUGUGACGUUGCUGAUUUCUUGGAAACGAAUGUCGAACUCAUGAAUUGUAGCCAUCUGAACCGAUUGAUUAAAUAUAAAGAUCCAAGUGAAGAGAAGCCACUGCCACAUUCAUCUGCUCCAUUGGUGGACCAAGAGUCAUACAUUGUGGUUGAGGUGCUGAUGCUGCUCCGAAAAGUGAAGCUGAUCGUGUCUGCAUAUGCAUUACUUGUGGUGGCGAUGGGUAGUGGCGAACUCUGA